UACUUUCACUUUGAUCGCGCACUCACAUGUCUGAAUUCAUGAAAUUAUUCCUCUGUGAGUUCAUCAAAAUUUUCAUUUUCUUUAUUACCUUAGCACACUUUUUAUAGCGUGUAUGAAGUUUUCUGGUGUGUUACUGCAGAACUCCUGUUUGGAGAUGUGACUGAAGCUGUAGAGGUGAUUUAAUGGUGUUGUGUUUUAGAUUGAUGGAAGACAGGUCGAGGCACAUGCGACUGAGAGAAUGGCUCAUAGCGCAGAUAGACAGCGGAAAAUACCCUGGACUGAGCUGGGAAAAUCAGGAGAAAACCAUGUUCAGAAUUCCCUGGAAACACGCCGCUAAACAGGACUACAGACAGAACCAGGACGCGGCGCUCUUCAAGGCAUGGGCCAUGUACAAGGGUAAAUUUCAAGAGGGCAGGGACAAAGCAGACCCCUCUACGUGGAAAACGCGCCUCCGUUGUGCCCUGAACAAGAGCACAGACUUCCAGGAGGUUCCCGAGCGCAGUCAGCUGGACAUCUCGGAGCCGUACAAGGUCUACCGGAUCCUGGACGACACAGGAAGACUGAUAGAACCUGCUGGAAGUCCAGUGAUAUCACAUGACAGUGACUGCAGCAAAGCCUUGAGAGAGACACAUCUGCCCAUGCAGGAGGACAGUCCACUUGGUAACUCGAACAGAAGUGCUGGAUGGAGUGUGAAUGGCAGGUCAUAUGGGUGUCCCAGUACAGGCAUUAACUCCAAUCUUCCAUCUGUUCCAGUAUAUCCAUCUCACGUCCCUAUAUCUGACUGUCGUCUGGAGGUGCGUUUGUUCUAUCAUGGUAAACUGGUGCAGAACUUCGUGACUGCGUCUCCAGACGGCUGCUUCAUCCUGCAAGGCUGUGCUCCGGUGGGGAACGAGCGCAUCUACGGGCCUUGUGAAGCCGAGAAGGUAUUCUUUCCCCGUCCAGACAUCGUCCGCCUGCCCCCGGGCAUCACUGAAGCCAUGAGCCGUCUCCUGCCCCACCUGGAGAAAGGGGUCCUGGUGUGGGUGGCUCCGGACGGCGUGUUCAUCAAACGCUUCUGCCAGGGCCGCGUCUACUGGGACGGCCCGCUGGCAGAGCACAGACAGAAACCAAACAAACUGGAGCGAGAGCGAACCUGUAAACUCCUGGACAUGACCAUCUUCAUACAAGAGCUCCAGAACCACCAGCAGGGGACCGGUCCCGAGCCUCGACACACAGUGGACCUGUGCUUCGGAGAGGAGUUCCCUGACCCCAGCCAACCAAAGACCGAGAAGCUCAUCACUGCACAAGUGAUUCCUCUGUUUGCUGUAGAGUGUCUCCGCAGGCAUAAUGCACCUAAUAAUGUGGAGAUGAAGCAAUCACCCCCACACACGAAAACCAAUGAUUAGACACAGCACACACUUCAACACCCCUCUGUUGGAUUUCUGCAAAUAAUGAUAACAUUCAUAUUCUUACUGCAGUAGAAUGAAAUGUUUUCACUUUUU